UGGAGCUCCUGUGUACCGUCCAAGAGAGGAGGUCUGGGAUGAAUCAGUAGAAGAAAGAUGGCGGACGAGACGUAUUUUGGCGGAAUUGAGGGAGGUGGGACACAUUCCAAAGCAGUUAUACUUUCAAAAGAUGGAAAAAUUGUUGGACGAAGUGAAGGACUUGGCACGAAUCACUGGCUUGUUGGCAUGGCAACAUGUUUGGAAAGAGUUAACGAGAUGGUAGAGAAAGCAAAAAUAGAUGCUGGUAUUGACAUCACGUUGCCAUUGACAUCUUUGGGUUUAUCUUUGAGUGGUUUAGAUCAAAAGCAGCAAGAAGAUGAAGCAAUACAAACAAUGAAGACAAAAUAUCCUAAUUGCAGCAUAAAUUUUGAUACUUGUGUUGAUACUGUUGGAGCCAUUUAUACUGCAUUUGAAUCAGGGGGUGUUGUACUCAUUGCUGGAACUGGAUCCAAUUGUCAACUAUUAAAUCCUAAUGGAGAAACCUAUCAUUGUGGAGGAUGGGGUCAUCUGCUUGGAGAUGAAGGAAGUGCUUACUGGAUUGCUCACAAAGCCAUUAAAACUGUAUUUGAUGCUGACGAUGGGCUUGUUUCACCACCAUUUGAUGCGACUUACAUUAGGAAAGCAAUGUAUGAUUUCUUCAAGAUUAAAGAUCAGUAUGGACUACUUGAGCAUGCAUACAAGAGCUUUGAGAAGUCUAAGUUUGCUCUGUUCUGCAAAAGAAUUGCCGAUGGGGCUAAUAAUGACAAUGAUCCUUUAUGUAAACACAUUUUUGAAUUGGCUGGAAGAGAUCUUGGAAGUCAUGUUAAAGCUCUAACCCCUAGGAUAGAUAAGUCUUUGAUUGACAGAUCCGGAGGACUACAGAUUCUUUGUGUCGGGUCUGUAUGGAAAAGUUGGGAGUUACUCAAAUCAGGUUUUAUAGAAACACUACAAGGAAAUGAUCAAACUCCUGUUAUCAAGUCCUUCACACUUUAUCGUCUAAAAGAGUCUUGUGCAGUUGGAGCAGCGGUGCUUGGGGCCAAAGUUAUCAACCAUAAGAUUGAUAUAAAUUAUAACCAAACGAUUGAAGUUUUAUUCUCUUUAUAAUCUAUGGGAGGGGUAGGUUGUGGUAAUUAUGUCACACAGCUUUUGUACUUUAGGAUAGCCAUGAUUAUUUUAGACAGUGGAACAUUAGACUUUUCUCUCAAAAUAUAAUACUUACAUGUAAUAAAAUUUUCAAAACUAAGCAAAACAUUGAAAAGAAAAGAAAAACAAUCACAAGGGAAAUUCUAAGCAAUAGUCUUCCUUUUUCUAUGACUGAUUCAGGCGAUUUUAUGUACAUAGGUGAGAUCAUUUUGCCCUUACAAUUGUUGCCAUAAACAGCUUAUCAUGAUCAUAAUUAUUCAAUUUUCAAUGUUUUGCAGAAAAUUUUCUUUUAAGUUAUGACAUGGCAGAAGGCAGUAAAUUCAAUUCAAGAAUAAAAAAAUAAUGGUUUUAAAUAAAACCAGUUGAA